AUAAUUGAAAAUCAUCGAUGCUGAUGCAUUCGAAUAAUUAUCAUCAACAACAACAACAAUUAAUAUUGACUACAACGACGUCGAACAUUUCAACGAGCCAUUUCGUUCAACGAAUCAAUGUAUCAGCAGCAGAUCAAUCGUCAAUUAAUUAUAAAUCACGAUACCAAAAUGAUUUCAAUUGCCGGCAUUCGAUUUUUUAUCGAAUUUUCUUCAAUUCUGGUCCUUGCUUUUCUGUGCAUUAUGCACGAAUUCACCGAUGUUACCUGGGCAAAACAAUUUCAUUUUGAUCAUUCUUCCGCCAAUCAAGCUGCUUCAUUCGAUGAUAUCGAACAUUCAUCAUCGACACUGAAUCAAGAUCAAGAUGAUGGUGGUAGUAGUAGUGGCCAAUUUCAUCAUAAUAAAAAUCAAGCUACAUAUGUUCGAUUCUCACCAGAAUCGCUAACUUUCGGCUAUCAUUCUAUUGGUAUGCCGAUCAUAAAAACGGUGCAUAUUCAUAAUGAUGAUGAUGAAAUUACAUUGCAAUUGAUCUCGAUAUCAGGCAACACUGAACAUUUUCAUUGUUCAUUUUUUGAGGAAAAAAUCCUCCCACCAAGAUCAAAUACUUCAUUUCAAGUGGUGUUCCUUGCCCGUCAAGAAGGUUUAGUCAAUAAUACUCUUUAUAUACAUUCAUCAGCCGGAUCAUUUCCGUAUCGUGUAUCAGCAUAUGGUGAACAUAGCCCGUUUCGUAUCAGGCCGUUGAUCGGUGCACGUGUUCCAUUGAAUUCAUCAUUUGCUUCGUUGAUCUAUAUUUAUAAUCCAUUUUCGACGCCUCUACAACUUACAGAAAUGUAUACCUCAGGUGGUGGAUUACAUUUAGAAUUACCCGAUGAUGAAUAUGAAGCGCCAAGUUCGUUGUGGAAUGUACCACCAUAUGAAACACGUCCAGUGAUGAAGGCGCAUUUAGUCGCUCGUAUUGUAUCAAAUCAUACAUCUUAUAUAAGGAUUCGUACAAGCCAACCCGAUAUACAAUUGAUGCUACCAGUCGAAGUUGAAGUGAGCAACUCACCCGGUCUCUAUUCGCCAUUAGAUACAUUGGAUUUUGGUGUACUAAGAGCCAAACAUGAUCCACCGAAAGCAUUGCCAAUACAGGUUAUAAAUGCCGCGCAAAAAUCCGUCUCUGUUCAGAGUAUUGUUGUAACACCCAUUUUCGAUGGUCUAAGUAUUGCUGAUUUCAGUGGUCCAAUCAAAGUUCCACCACAAUCAUCCAAUCCUUAUCAUGUGGCCAAAUUGAUACUUGAUCCCAGUCAAUUCUCCUGUAUAGGUUUAUGUUUAGGAAAAGUUUUGAUAAAAUCAAAAAACAAUCAAUAUAAAUUGACGAUUCCGUUUAUUGUUCGAGUUAUACAAGGAGAACUACAUUUCAAUGGUACACAAUCACAUUUCUUUAUGAAUUCAAGCUCAAACUAUCUUGAACAACGCGUAAUGAAUGUAGAAAAUCGUUUUGAUAAUCCAAUCAUUGUACAUGAUAUAAUAUUACCGGACGAGGCAAAACCAUAUUUUCGUUUGACCACUAAAGCCCCUUAUUCAUUGCCUAUAACGUUACCGGUCGGAAAAUCUUUCCCGUUAUUGCAGAUUGAAUUCACACCAUCACCUCAGCUUAGUCAUUUUUCAACUGUGUUUCGUUUAUUGACUAAUCUAAGCUAUUUUGAUUUGCCUUUGUAUGCUUAUCAAGGAAGAUUGGAGUUGUUUAUACCAAAUUCUUCAGACCAAAGUAAAUUAGAUAUGGGCCUGGUCGGAUUGAAUGAGCAAAAAACAUCAACAUUUGUGGUUGCAAAUCAUAAUCCAAUAGCAAUACGUUUGAUAUAUUGGCAAUGUAAUAUUACCGGAUUGAUAAUUGAAUUAGUCGGUACUAGUCAAGGUAAUAUAAGCGCCAUAAGUCAACGAAUCGAAUCAUCAUCAAUACCAAUGGAAUCAUCACCAUCGCCUCCUGCAUCGACAUCGACUCGUUCGUCCGAGUUUCGAUCACUUGAGCCGAACCAUUUUGCUGUAUUUCGUGUACAUGUUCAAAAACUUUCUAAUGAAGGCGUUCAUAAUGGAAUGAUUACAAUAAUAACUGCAUAUGAAAAAUUGACAGUGCCAUUAACAAUUAAAGUAUUAAAUGGAAAUCUAAUGGCUGAACCAGUGAUAUUGCCAAAAACAUUUCCCGGAAAGAUCGUAAAAUCAAUGUUAAACAUAAAAAGUAAUUAUAGUAGUACAAUAAAAAUCAAAGGAGCUUUCAUCGUACCCAAAGAUGAACGUUUCAAAAUCAAAUUAAUUGAUCAAUUGAUCAAACCUGGCCAUGACAAUCAGAUACAGAUACAAUUUGAUCCAUCCGCAGCAUGUUAUCAGAAAUUAUGUUAUACAGCAUUGGACGUAGAAAAAGAAGUUGGCCAUUUAUGGUUAUUGGGUUCAGGACUUUAUUCUGAUACUGCAUAUAUCGAUAAAGAGCUAUAUAAAUUAUUACGAAAUCAGUGGUUAUCAAUGACCGAAUUGGAUCGUAAACCAACGGUAAACGUUCGUCUACAGAUUGAUGGUUUUGGUUCAUUUGUAGCACCUAUUCAAGCACAUCAACAUUGGCCACGGUUAGCGAACAAAUUGGUCAUUCGUUUUCCAUCUAUUCGUGUCGGGCAAAAAGUGACUAAAGAACUUUUAAUUGAAAAUACCGCUGAUCGUGAAGUAUUGGUACAAGCAAUAAACGUCAUUGAUUAUCCAAAUUCAGAAAUCCUAUUACAACUUACAUCAAAUUCAAUAUUUCAUCAACAAUGGUCGAAAAGUGAUUUACAAGCAAUACAAUCGGCAAUUCGUAAUGGCCAUAAUCGAUCUGCAUUCUCUUUGCAUAACAAUACGAUUGCUUCCAAUUCACAAGUUCAACGUAUCACCGAAUGGUUAGGUGUAGAACCGAAUGCCAAUUCGUAUAUAAUGCUACUGCCAGCCGGUGUAAGACAUCGUUUAGCCGUAACAUUUAACCCACCUGAUGAGAAAAAUUAUACAUCAUUAUUGAUAUUGAGAAAUAAUCUGACUAUAAUUGAUGUUGUCAUGUUACGUGGUGAAGGUGGCCGUGGUUUACUUAAAAUUGGAAAAACAUUGCCCAAUACAUUAAAUUCACGAUUAGUGUUUGAUUUUCCUGAAAGAUCCUUGGAAAAACGAUGUCGUAAUCUGAUAUUGGCUAAAUCAGGUAUAGACUCUCCUCCAUCAUUAUCAUCAUCAUCGUUGUCAAGCAGUAAUAAUCAUAAACCAGUCAGUUACAAUACGUUAGUGAUGCGUGAACGUUUCAAAGCAGUCAAUAUUGGUCGUAUGGCUUUACAGAUCCGUAACUUUCUUAUCGAUGGCAUGCCUUGUGAAGGUCACGGUUUUCGUAUUAGCCGUUGUGAGCCAAUACUUUUGUCACCAAAUCAAACGGUUGAUAUUGAGAUUUUGUAUUCACCCGAUUUUACUCAGCAUACGAUAACACAUGAAUUAACCAUUAUGAUUGAUGAUGAUGAUUCAUUGGGUGCACAACGAUUCUUACUUGUAGCCAAUGUACCAUCAAAUUUGUUACAAUUAUGUUUAGAAGCAUUACCACGGCCAAUAUGGGAGCCACAUCUUUAUUAUAUUCUUGUCACAAUGGCUUUGUUCGUUCUAAUACUUUCGACUAUUGUGGCCAUAUUUGAUGGACAUCGAAUUGCAUUGAAUUAUUACAGUGCAAAAUAUGAAUUCUUAAACAACGAUCUAAGUACAACGAAAAAACAUGAUGGUAAUGAUGAUGGAAACAAUGGUGGUAAUGCUUACAAAUGUGAUAAUGAUUUGAGCAACCAUAAUAAUUCAUCAUCAGUAAUUGAAUCUGCAGGACAUAAAAUCUUAGCUAAUGGAUCUUCAAAUAUGGCAAUAGCUAAUGGAAAACAUAAUCAUCCGUAUUCUACAGUUGGAUCAUCAUCAAAUCAUAAUCAAUUAUCGAAUCAAAAAGUAAGAAAUCGUCGUGGUGCAAAACAACAACAGCCGAUACCUAAUGGUAAUCUACAUCAGCAUCGAAGAAGUCAAUCGAAAUCUACAACAUCUGAGCCAUCAACCACUAAACAACAACAGACAGAAACAACUUCGAAACACCACCAUUCCAACGGAUCCUUGGAUUUUGAUUACGAGUCCAUUACAACGGUAACAACAACACCUUCUACUAAUCAUCAUCAAAAUUCAUCUUCAUGGAGUCAUCUAGCACAGUCGGAUUUUUUAAGACAAGAUUCAUCAUCGUCCGAACAUAGUAACCGUUCUUCAGAUUCAUCUAGUUUUUUUGCGUCAUCAAUAUCAAAGCAGACGUCUUCAUUAUCUACACGUCUGAAUCAAACAGAUAAUAAAAAAUCUCAUUCAAAUGAUUCAUUGGAUGAAAUGGUGGCUACACCAACAACAAACACCGCAUCAAAUAAUAACUCUGGUAAUAAUUCACCCAAUGCUAGUCGUCAAGGAAAGAAAAGUAAACGAGAAUCAUCUACAUCAAAAUCAACAUACAAAUUACCAACAUCGAAAACAAUGGAUAAGACUCAAACAGAACAAUUUGCGAAAAAACCAACACCAACUGUAAGCAUGAAAAUCAAAAAUGUUGCUAAAAAUUUAGACAAUGGUAAAAAGGAAAAAUCUUCAUUUAAAUGUAAUUCUAUCUCUGAAUCAUUAAAAUCAUCGCAAGAAUCAUUGACAUCAACAAAAUUUGAACAAAUUGAAGCAACUAUCAAUCAGGAUUUUAUGCCCACAAAAACCAGAUCGGCAACAUUACCAUUCACACAAAAUGAUUCAAAUCAACAGCAAUCAAAACCUACUAGUGCAUUGAUGGCUAAUAGUGAUUCAUCAGUGUAUGUAUCCGAAUCUAAUCUAUCAUGGAAUCAAACAUCGGCCGUAUUUCAAUCGAAUUCGAAUGAAAAUGAAAAUCAUUUUGAUUCAUUUCGUACGGUAUCGCCAUUUAAAACUAAUGCUGAACAGAAUUAUUCAUUUUCUUAUAAAUCAAGUCAUAAUAAAGAGACAAAAUUUGAUGCAUUUCGUACAGCUAAAGAAUUCAAUCAUGCUACAGGUAAUUCUAAAUCCGGUUAUUUUGGUUACUAUGGAGUGAAUGACAAAAAUAACAAUGGCAAAGAUAUUUGGGAUUCACCUAUCACAAGCUUUGAUACCGAAUUGGCAAUGAACCAAUUGGUCAAACAAACUGAAGAAUUUGCUGCAAUCGAUGAAAAAGUUGCCGUUUCUAAUAAUAACCGAUCAUCAUUUAACGGUCAACGUCGUGGUGGUGGACAUUCAAAAUUUCAGACAACUUCACCAAUCACAGAUGAUAAAUGGGAAAUCGGUGAAUGGAGUAAUGAUCUUCUGGAACGUUGUUCACCAUCAUCCACCUCAUCGAAAGGAGGAACGUCUUCAUUGGGUGUUAACAAUGGAAGCAAUUAUGAAUCUUCAAUGGCACAGAUGAAAAAAUAUCCUCAUCAUCAUUCACGUUUUCCACAAUCGAUCAACUAUCAAGAAUAUCGUAAUAGUUUGAAUGAUAAAAAUCAUAGCUCAAAAAUAUAUGGAAAACAAUUAUUUAACAUGAAUGAUUCGAAUAUGACUCAUAUAAAUAGUAAAUCACUUCCGCAGACAACGGCAGUAGCAUCAGUUGGAAAUGGUUCAUAUGCAACACCAAGAACAAUAUCGCCAUCACAAUCGACAUCAAUAUCACCAACAGCACCGGCUGGCCAUAACAUAAAUUUGGCCAAUGUUCAAUCUAGUCUCUCUUUAAAUCCAAUGAAAACAACAUCAGCAGCCGUAGCACCACUACAAUCAUCAUCGAGCCCAAUCACCAGUCCUGGCAUUUCAACUACAACUUUUUCACCCGUUAUUGGACGACCUACCACCGCUCAACAGCAGCAGCAAUCAUCGAUUUUAUCGACGCAACGGAAUAAAUUACUUUCAUCUCCACCCACAGAUUCGAAUCAUUUUGCCAUGUUUAAUUCUUGUUUGGAAAAAUCAUUAAAUCAGAAAACACCAUUGUCAUUGUUAUCACCAUUUAAUUCGUCAUCGAAUUCGGCAAAAAAUUUGCUCGGUCAGUUGGAUUCACUUUUGGAACCAACAUCCAAAUCACAAUCGCUCGUGUAUGAACAACAACAGUCGGCUGUUUCAAAUGGUUUGUGUGUGGGUGGAAAGAUAGUUAACACUCCAUCUACAGUAAACGUCAAUUCUCUAUUACAAACGACCAGAUCAUCACCAUGGAAUUCGGAAUUCAAUCCAACUUUGGAUUCAUUGCUUACAUCUAAUAAUUCAACAUCAAAAGCAGUUGGCUCAGGAAUCACUGGAAUGUUCACCAAUCUUGCCGAUAAUCAUGGUCAUCAAGAUUCUGUAUGGCCAUCUACAGCAGCCGAAUCAACUUGGCCCUCAUCAAUAGCUUCUCCAUCGAACACAAAUAUUUUUUCCAACUUUUCCGAAUCAGUUAAACCAUCUGUGAACACAUUUAGCAGUGGUUUAUCACCAAUCGAAUCUUCAUCGGCAAAUCGAAUUAAUUGGUUGUCAGCGAAUUCGUCUUCAACAUCAGCAACGAAUAACUGCCACUCACACACUAUGAUUGGGUCAAAUAAUUCUACUCAAACAUCUUCCCAAUCUGGCGGAGUGUGGUCCGCAUUCGACACUCCAUUUCGUAAUUAUAUUCGAAAUCCUACAUUCAAUGCGAAUGAUAAUGUAGAUUUCAAUUCAUUGGUUCAACCUCCUACGACAAACCAUCAUCAUCCUACAACAAUGCAUCAAGAUCCUGUUGGCGUUUCAACAACACCGGUCGUUUCUUCAGCCGCCACUGUUUCCCCUCCUGCUGCAUUUGUUGAUAAUAAUCCACCAUCAUCUACCGUAUUUGAGUUAUUUGGUGGUAAAUCACCAUGGGCACCACUAAGCUCAUCACCACCGAAUUCGACUACCGCUAAUACGAAUGUUUCUGGUGUCGAUGCGACAACAAAUUUUUUAUCGCCUUCACCAACAUCUGCUGCUACAUCGGAAUUAUUGUUUGGUCGAUUAUCACAAAAUUCAUCACCAGUUUCAUCAUCAAAUGGCUCUACAACUUCGGCUAGUUCGAUUUCAAGUAAUAUGGAUACAGCAAAUUCUACUAAAUGAUUCAAAAAAAAAAUUAAAACAAAUACAUCGGAAAAAAAUGUUUUUUCGUUUAGUCUGAUGCUUUUUUGUCUUCGUUUAUUCUUUCUGAUUAAUUAAAA